AUGGAAAAGAAACGCUUAACUAAUUUUAUUAAAAGAAAAUACUUUUCAUCAGAAGUUACUAAUAAGACAGAAAUUCGAGGAAUAAAUGGAGUAAAGGAAGAAAUAAAUGAAAUUUACGUAGACGCACAAACAACUGCAGAAAUUUCUGAUAUUUCUUUACAAGGAAAUAGUAUUGCUGAAGUAGCAAAAACUUUAACUGAAUUAGAGCAAAAUUGUAUUUUGAUACCCUCGUAUGCCAAACGCGUAGUUAACGAAGAUGGAAAUUCCGAAUGGUCGGUGCAAGUUCGUGGUUGGGCCUUUGGAACUAGGCAAAGCCGAAAAAAAAAGUUGGUGUUAGGGAUGGCAAAACGUUUUGCUGGGGUGAACAAAGAUGACGAAGAAAGUAGAGAAAAAAGUAGAUUAUUAGAGGAGAGAUUUUCAAUGUUUUUGGCAAAAAAUCUACGAAACCAAGAGUACAAAGUGCAAAUAAUCAGUUUAGCUCAUCCAACCCAUAUGGAGCUAGAUGAAAAUCCUGAUGAAGUGGAGAACGACGACGAAGUAAGUGAAUAUUUGAGUGAAACAUCAACAGCUUAUCAGGAUCUUCAUCCAUCGACUCAUAUCACGAGUAAUACCGGGCAUUUUUGUGGUAACAUUAAAAUCCCAGUAGAGAUUGUUGAUGAGUGGGUGGAUAAAGCUCGUAAAGAAGGAAUCGGAAACGGAAAUCACGUGCGAUUGUUGAAACUAGGAGCUUUACCAAAGGGGAGAGAAUUUGCUCGUCCAUCAUUUGGAUUCGUAAGUUUAAUCGAAAGUGAAGGGAUAUCUGUUAUAUCAGAUAUUGAUGAUACAAUAAAAUUAACAGAAAUUACAAGCGGCCCACGCACAGCUCUCUCAAAUACAUUUUUAUACGAUUUAGUUGAAGUUCCUGGCAUGGCAGAUGUAUACAUGGAAUGGUACAACAAAGGCGCAUCAAUUCACUACGUUUCGAAUUCCCCAUGGCAACUGUUUCCAAUGCUUAAACAAUUUAUAAAACGAUUUCCACCUGGUUCAGCACAUUUAAAAUUUUAUAAUGAUUUGUUAAAGAGUUUUCUUUUUGAAGAACCAGGAUUAUCAAAGAUAAAUUACAUUAAAGAAAUCCUUGAGGACUUUCCAAAUCGUAAAUUUAUCCUUAUUGGAGAUAGUGCCAAACAAUAUCCAAGUCAGAUCUUGCAUGUGUUUAUUCGAGAUGUAUCUACAGAACGUCUCAGAAAUAUUCCGUCAUCACCCACCAAACGAAAUCGAUCGUUUCCAUAUAUCCUCAAACGCUCAUUAUCAAGUACAUCUCUUAGCACAAAGUCAAUGCCUCCGGUAAUAGACACAUCUUUGUUCAAUAAUAAUUCUAACAGCAUUAACGCCUGGGGUACAGACGAUAUGGUACAAUCACCCGAUAUCUUAACACCGAAUACGCCAACGACGCCAACGACGCCAACGUCGCCAAUGACUCCUACUGAGAUUGAUAAUAAUACACAUCUACAACAAUUUCUUGAAAAAGUUAAAGCAUGUAAGGAGUCGGUGCCUAAUAAUGCAUUUACACUUUUUAAGGAUAGUUAUGAAUUGAGAGACAAUGAGAUCGUUAAUAGCGAAUUUGACAAGUUAUUAGAGAAACAACAACAGAGAGUAUCUCGACAAAAUACUCAAUUUUAA